AUGUCUGGCAGCAGCAACAGCGCUUCGCGCAACAACAUCCUGCGUGACUUCAAGAGCUUGACGGGUAUGUCCGAAGCUCGUUGCACAGAGUACCUUGAGUCUGCGAACUGGGACAUUGGCCUCGCCGCCCAGGCCUACUACGCCGACCACGACUCCGAGGACGAAAUCGAACCCGUCGCCCAGGCCCAGCCCGCUGCCGCUGCCGCUGCUCCUGCCGAAUACACCGGUCCCCGAACUCUCGAUGGUCGGCCUGCACCCGAGUCCGCCGGCCGAGGCAGCACGGUGAAGAAGGCGGCGCCUAAGAAGAAGGGUCUUGCGACGCUCAGCUCCAUCGGCGGCGGUCACGCACACGAUGACGAUGACGACGAGGACGACGAAGACGACGACGACAGAGGCCGUGGAGACCUCUUUGCCGGAGGCGAGAAGUCUGGAUUGGCUGUGCAGGACCCGUCCCAGGAGGGCGGCGGUGCAAAGAAGAUUAUCAGUGACAUUCUCGCCAAGGCCAAGGCCAACGCUUCCCGCCCCGAGACUGCAUCCUCCGCUGGCCCUUCGCGCUCCAGCGUCUUUCAGGGAUCCGGAAACACUGUCGGUGGCGAAGGAACCGAGAGCCGCAGCAUCCCCGACCCCAAUGCCUUCCAGGAGGGUGCUGGAGGCCCGCCUGGUACCGGCGGCGAGCCUCAAGAGCGCACAUUGCACCUGUGGCAGGACGGCUUCAGCAUCGACGACGGCGAGCUUCACCGAUUCGACGAUCCGGAGAAUGCAAUGGACCUGAACAUGAUCCGUGCCGGUAGAGCCCCUCUGCACCUGAUGAACGUCCGCUAUGACCAGCCGGUGGAUGUGAAGCUGCACCAGCACCAGGAGAACUACCGCGCGUUGCCCAAAAAGUACAAGCCUUUCGGUGGAGAGGGACGCCGACUCGGCAGCCCGGUGCCCGGCGAGGGUAGCUCUUCCGCGGGCGCGGCCGCUCCCGCUGUUUCGACAACCACCCAGGCCGCCUCCGCCGGCUCGACUGGCCCUCAGCAGGCCGUCGACGAGUCUCAGCCCACUCUGACUCUGCGCAUCCAGCUGCCCAACGGCACGCGACUACCUGCCCGGUUCAACACUACGCACACCGUCAACGACGUUUACGAAUUCGUGCAGCGCGCCUCGGCUGACACCAGCACCAGAUCGUGGGUCCUGGCGACGACCUUCCCGAACAAGGACCACACCGAUCGCAGUCUAGUGCUGGGCGAGAUGCCCGAGUUCAAGAAGGGCGGAACCGCCGUCGUCAAGUGGGCUUAA